AUGAUUAUCACCAAGCCCCACAAGCGCAUCAUCUACGAGUCCCUCUUCAAGGAGGGCGUGUUGGUCGCCAAGAAGGACUACAACGCCCCUAAGCAUGAGGAGCUCGAUGUGCCCAACCUUCAAGUGAUCAAGGCGAUGCAGAGCCUCACCUCCAAGGGUCUCGUCAAGACCCAGUUCUCGUGGCAAUGGUACUACUACGUCCUCACCCCCGAGGGCGUCGACUACCUCCGCGAGUGGCUCAACCUCCCGAGCGAGAUCGUCCCCGCCACGCACAAAAAGGCCGUUCGCCCCCCUCGUCCGGCGCAGGUGCGUGGCCCUGGUGGCGGAGAGGGCACCUACCGCCCUCCCCGUGGCGACCGCGACGACUACAGGAAGAAGGAGGGUGCUCCUGGCGAGUUCCGACCACAGUUCGCGGGUGUCGGCCGUGGUGCUCCCAGGGAUUAG